AUGGCAACCCCCAGCAGUAAACUGCGCGACCUUCUCCCCUGGAGCAACAAGAAGAAGGGAAAAAAUGAUGAGCCAGCAGUCGAUGAAGCUUCACGGGGCUGGGGUAUCACCAUUGAGACCUUCAAUCCAAACGAUCAGAGUCUUUGUCGUGAUUCAUCUAAGCAUACUCCUUUCUUCUCACCAAUGGCACUGGAGACAUUCAAAGAGUAUGAACGUGACUUGGACCAAAUAGGGGCAAAAGAGCUUGCAGAACGCCUAGGUGAAUGGUAUGAUCCGGAUCCUCCACAGAUCAAAGCUUUUACAGAUCCCCGUGGCUUCGAUGCGACCGAAUGCUGGAACGAUGAAUGGCGAUCCCAACUUGUCGAGAUAGAAGUCAUGGUAGCGCUGAUGAUUGUUCGACUUGCCAACGGUUCCUUUCCAAGCCAGAAUAUCGUUCCUGUGAUGCUAUUUUCCUAUACAGGCCAUAAGCGCGGUAGAAUCCUACAAGCUUACAUGAGUGCUACAUCUCUUGUCAUUCGAAAGAGUCAGUUCUUUGACUUCAGUUCCAGAGUGGAUGCUCAUCUAGACCUUUUCACUCGAUAUAUGAUGGGUCCUUUGCAAGGAAAGACUCUAAUCCUUGAUUCUCCAGACAUCAAGUCAAACUUCGCUGAGAAGCUCUGCACAAUCGAUCGUCUAGAUACUGCUGGAAUUAUCAAAUAG